CGCGAGGCGCGUUCGAGCGGAGGUGGACGGUCGUUGCGCGUCCCUCAGCUGAUGUGAAGGUAGGAGCUGCGAGAGGAGCCGCCGCGCUGUGUGUCCGACAGCAACUACAGCUACAACAACACAGCAAGUACAACAACACUGCAACAAAUAGUGAAUGGUAGUGUCUAGAAAGGGUAUGUCCCUUCAGGAGAGAGGUGCCAAUGUCCAACCGGCCUAAUUCCAAUCCAGGGGGGUCACUGCGACGUUCACAGAGGAACAGUGCUGCGGCCCAGCCACACGACGACGCAGUCGCAGGAAGGUUGCAGUCAGAGCAGGUAAAAGGUAAAGCAAAUUCCCCACCUGAAAGUAGAAGACCUAUUUCUAAGGCUUCAAAAGCCCAACCUACAGGGCAUCGCUCGAGAAGAAGCGGCCUUUCUCUGUCAGUGGCUUCACUUGUACUGCAAGACGACCCAGUUGGUGCAGGGACAUCAGAACCAGAGCACACAGGCCAGGCAAAGAGAGAGGGGACCCGCGGACUGAAGCGCAGCUCGGCCCCAGAGCAAAACAAUUCUUCCCCCAGCCCUGCCAAAAAGCCCAAAGCACUUGCACCUUCGGACAGCUCCUCUGAGGCCAGACGAGCUCCAGCCAAAUCCAAGAAGAGAGGUUUGGCGCCUGAGCAGGCCACCUCCAGCAGCCGGGUCCAGAACAGGAAGAGUGGAGCAGCUGGGGCGUCCCCGACCCAGAAACGGAAAAGGGCUGACGCUUCCGCGGGUCCACUCCCUGCUGGUACCGAGGGCAGACCUGUAAAACCAACCAAGCUGGCUUCUAAACCGGCCGGCUCAGCCAGAGCUGGGUGCAGCACCGUGACGGAUACCUCCUCUUCGGCCUCCUCCUCAUCCUCCUCGUCCGCCACAGCCUGUAGUGCAGCAUCACAGGGAGCGCGACUCAAGCAGGGGAAGGACCAGAGCAAGGCUCGCCGGUCCCGCUCCGCAUCCAGCCCCAGUCCACGCCGUAGCAGUCGGGAUAAGGAACAGCCCAAGACAGCCGGAACUUCCAAGUUUGACUGGGCUGCACGCUUCAGCCCAAAGGUCAACCUGCCUAAACCCAAGCUGUCUCUUCCGGGGUCCUCCAAGCCAGAGACGUCUAAACCAGGGCCCUCUGGUCUGCAGGCCAAGCUAGCCAGCCUAAGGAAGUCCACCAAGAAGCGUAGCGAGUCGCCCCCUGCAGAGCUCCCCAGUUUCCGGCGGAGCGCACGGCAGAAGACCACGGGCUCCUGCGCCAGUACCAGUCGGCGAGGCUCAGGCCUGGGCAAGCGCGGUGCAGCCGACGCUCGCCGACAGGAGAAGAUGGCCGACGCUGACAACAGCCAGGAUGGGGCCAACCCUUCCAGCACGCGCACGGACGAGGUGCCGCAGGGGGCCUCUGCCUCUGGCUCGGUGGCUGGAGCAGUAGGCAUGACGUCAGGGGAGAGUGAAUCUGACGACUCUGAAAUGGGCCGACUGCAAGCCCUCCUGGAGGCCAGAGGCCUGCCUCCACACCUGUUUGGGCCCCUGGGACCCCGCAUGUCACAACUGUUCCACAGGACGAUAGGUAGUGGCGCCAGUUCCAAGGCUCAGCAGCUGCUCCAAGGCCUACAGGCCACAGGCGAUGAAUCGCAGCAGCUGCAAGCAGCCAUCGAGAUGUGCCAGCUCCUGGUGAUGGGCAAUGAGGAGACGCUGGGAGGCUUCCCUGUGAAAAGUGUUGUUCCUGCUCUAAUUACACUGUUACAGAUGGAGCACAACUUUGACAUUAUGAACCAUGCUUCCCGUGCACUCACCUACAUGAUGGAGGCUCUGCCUCGUUCCUCAGCUGUCGUCGUGGAUGCCAUUCCCGUUUUUCUCGAGAAGCUGCAAGUGAUCCAGUUCAUCGAUGUGGCCGAGCAGGCUUUGACUGCGCUGGAGAUGCUGUCCCGUCGACACAGCAAAGCUAUCUUGCAGGCUGGUGGGCUGGCUGACUGCCUGCUGUACCUGGAGUUCUUCAGCAUCAAUGCCCAGAGGAAUGCCCUUGCCAUUGCUGCCAACUGCUGCCAGAGCAUCACCCCUGAUGAAUUCCACUUUGUCUCAGAUUCGUUGCCCUUACUCACCCAGAGACUCACACAUCAGGACAAGAAGUCUGUUGAGAGCACUUGCCUCUGCUUUGCCAGACUUGUGGAUAACUUUCAACAUGAAGAGAACCUGCUGCAGCAGGUGGCAUCCCGGGACUUGCUGACAAACAUCCAGCAGCUGCUCGUGGUCACUCCACCUGUGUUGAGCUCAGGAAUGUUCAUCAUGGUGGUGCGCAUGUUCUCGCUCAUGUGCUCCAACUGCCCCUCCCUGGCUGUGCAGCUGAUGAAGCAGAACAUUGCAGAGACUCUUCGCUUCCUCCUGUGUGGAGCGUCUAAUGGCAGCUGCCAGGAGCAGAUAGACCUUGUGCCCAGGAGCCCGCAGGAACUGUACGAGCUGACUUCCCUCAUAUGUGAGCUGAUGCCCUGCCUGCCCAGGGAGGGCAUCUUUGCUGUGGACACCAUGCUGAAGAAGGGCAGUGCCCAAAUGACUGAGGGUGCUAUCUGGCAGUGGAGAGAUGACCGAGGCUUGUGGCACCCCUACAAUCGCAUUGAUAGCCGCAUCAUUGAGACAGCACACCAGAAUGGUGAGGAUGAGAUCAGUUUGUCCACUCUGGGCCGUGUCUACACCAUUGACUUCAAUGCCAUGCAGCAGAUCAAUGAAGACACGGGCACAGCGCGAGCCAUUCAGAGGAAGCCGAAUCCCCUGGCCAGCCCCAAUGCCAGUGGGCAUGCAGAGGUGAGAAAGGAGGAUGCCAGGGCACUGCUGAUGAAGGAGGACCCUGAACUGGCUAGAUGCUUCAUCAAAACGCUGUUUGGUGUUCUGUACGAGGUGUACAGCUCCUCGGCUGGCCCAGCCGUCAGACACAAGUGCCUUCGAGCCAUACUUAGGAUUAUUUAUUUUGCGGAUGCCGAGCUGCUGAAGGAUGUGUUGAAGAACCAUGCUGUGUCCAGUCACAUUGCCUCCAUGCUGUCCAGUCAGGACCUGAAAAUUGUGGUGGGAGCUCUGCAGAUGGCAGAGAUUCUCAUGCAGAAGCUUCCAGAUGUGUUCAGCGUUUACUUCAGGAGGGAAGGUGUGAUGCACCAGGUUAAAAACCUAGCUGAAUCAGAGACCUUUCUCACAAGCCCACCAAAGGCAUGCUCUAGUGGAUCCACGAGUCUAUGUGCCCCUCCUGUUGGCACUGUUACCACUGCAACUAGUGCCACCUCUGACCUGGGUUCACCCAGCUUCCAGCACAGCAUGGAUGAUUCGCUAGAUCUGAGUCCACAGGGCCGGCUGAGCGACGUGCUGAAGAGGAAGCGCUUGCCCAAACGGGGGCCACGGAGGCCAAAAUACUCUCCCCCGAGGGAUGAUGACAAAGUCGACAAUCAGGCUAAGAGUCCCACUGCCACCCAGUCCCCCAAAUCUUCAUUCUUGGCCAGCUUGAACCCAAAGACAUGGGGCAAGCUGGGUGCCCAGAGUAACAGCGCAGCAUCGGAGCCCUCACGCACAGCGGGGGCCAGUGGUCUUCCAAGACCAACCCCCAAAGACUCUAUCUCCAAUAACAGAGAGAAGAUAAAGGCCUGGAUCAAGGAACAGGCCAGUAAAUUUGUUGAACACCACUUCAACUCUGAGAAUGUUGACUGUAGCAAUCCAGCGCUGAAUGUACUCCAGAGGCUUUGCACCGCUACAGAACAGCUCGACCUGCAAGUGGACAGUGGGACUGAGUGCCUUGUGGAGAUCCGGAGCAUCGUGUCGGAGUCUGAUGUCUCUUCAUUUGAGAUUCAGCACAGUGGCUUUGUCAGACAGCUUCUUCUCUAUCUAACGUCCAACAGUGAGAAGGAUGCUGUCAGUAGAGACGUGAGGCUGAAACGUUUCCUGCACGUGUUCUAUGGCUGUUCGGUUCCAGGCACAGAGACCAUGGCGCGUCUGGAUCCCAGUGAGAAUGGACCUCUGCUGGCGCUCGUGCACAAGAUGAAUAGCUGCCUUAGUCAGAUGGAGCAGUUCCCUGUCAAAGUGCACGACUUCCCCAGUGGCAACGGCACCGGUAGCAGAGGCUCACAGGCCUUGAAAUUCUUCAACACACACCAGCUGAAGUGCCAGCUGCAGAGACAUCCAGACUGUACCAAUGUCAAGCAGUGGAAGGGGGGACCUGUCAAGAUUGACCCUCUGGCACUGGUACAAGCCAUCGAGAGAUACCUCGUAGUGAGAGGGUAUGGGCGUAUUCGAGAGGAGGAUGAAGACAGUGAUGAUGAUGGUUCUGAUGAUGAAAUUGACGAAUCACUGGCGGCACAGUUCCUGAGCUCAGGGAACGUGAGGCACAGACUGCAGUUCUGCAUGGGGGACCAGCCGCUGCCCUACAGCAUGACUGUUUACCAGGCUGUGAGGCAGUUCAGCCUUCAGGCAGAGGAUGAGCGUGAGUCCACUGAUGAUGAGUCCAACCCUCUUGGUCGAGCUGGCAUCUGGACCAAGACGCACACUAUUUGGUACAAACCUGUGAGGGAAGAGGAGGAUGGCAAUAAGGAUGUGGUAGGAGGCAAGAGAGGCCGUGCCCAGACUGCACCCACAAAAACUUCACCUCGCAACGCCAAGAAACAGGACGAGCUGUGGCAUGAUGGCGUGUGCCCCAGUGUAACCAACCCAUUGGAGGCGUACCUCAUUUCUGAGCCCCCGGAGGGCAUCACGUUUGAGGACCCUUCACUGGAUGUCAUCUUGCUCCUCAGGGUUCUCCACUCCAUUAGUAGAUACUGGUUCUACCUAUAUGAUAAUGCUGCAUGCAAAGAGAUUGUUCCCACCAGCGAGUUCAUCAACAGCAAACUGACAGCCAAGGCCAACAGGCAGCUUCAGGACCCCCUAGUUAUCAUGACUGGCAACAUCCCCUCUUGGCUUACAGAGCUUGGCAAAACUUGCCCCUUCUUCUUCCCCUUCGACACAAGGCAGAUGCUGUUUUAUGUGACAGCGUUUGACCGCGACCGUGCCAUGCAGCGCCUGUUGGAUACCAACCCUGAAAUCAAUCAGUCUGACUCGCAAGACAGCCGUGUGGCACCACGACUCGAUCGGAAAAAGCGCACUAUAAACCGGGAUGAGUUAUUGAAGCAGGCUGAAUCUUUGAUGCAGGAUCUGGGAAGCUCCAGAGCCAUGUUGGAGAUACAGUAUGAGAAUGAGGUGGGUACUGGACUGGGCCCCACCCUGGAGUUCUAUGCCCUCGUGUCCCAGGAGCUGCAGCGAGCUGACCUCGGGCUGUGGAGGGGUGAGGAGGUCACACUAGCUAACCCUAAAGGAAGCCAGGAGGGAACAAAGUACAUUUUUAGUUCCAGGGGACUGUUUGCUGUUCCAUUUGGUAGGACCACCAAACCAGCACAUAUGGCCAAGGUCAAGAUGAAAUUCCGCUUCCUAGGCAAGCUCAUGGCUAAAGCCAUCAUGGACUUUAGGCUGCUGGACCUGCCACUUGGACUCCCAUUCUAUAAAUGGAUGCUUCGUCACGAGGCGUCUAUCAGCUCCCAUGACCUGGUGAAUAUUGACCCUGCCGUGGCCAGGUCUAUCCAGCAUCUGGAGGACAUCAUCCGUCAAAAGAAGCAGCUGGAGCGGGACAGAUCGCAGACACGAGAGAGCCUGCAACUUGCUCUGGAGAGCCUUAGCAUGAACGGCUGCUCCGUGGAGGACUUGGGCCUGGAUUUCACCUUGCCUGGCUUCCCACACAUUGAGCUGAAGAAGGGUGGCAAGGAUGUGCCAGUUACAAUCCAUAAUCUGGAGGAGUACCUCAGGCUGGUGGUAUACUGGACCCUGAAUGAAGGGGUGUCCAAGCAGUUUGAGUCAUUUCGGGAAGGAUUUGAGUCAGUCUUCCCUCUACAUCACCUGCAGUAUUUUUAUCCUGAAGAGCUGGACCAGCUGCUGUGUGGCAGUAAGUCUGAGACUUGGGAUGUGAAGACGUUGAUGGAAUGCUGCCGGCCUGACCAUGGCUACACGCACGACAGUCGUGCCGUGCGGUUCCUCUUCGAGGUGCUCAGUAGUUUCGAUGCAGAGCAGCAAAGGCUCUUCCUACAGUUUGUUACUGGGAGCCCCAGAUUGCCUGUUGGAGGGUUCCGAAGCCUCAACCCACCGCUGACCAUUGUUCGCAAGACAUGCGAGGCGACAGAGAAUCCCGAUGACUUCCUUCCCUCAGUCAUGACCUGCGUCAACUACCUAAAGCUGCCCGACUACUCGAGCAUGGAGAUAAUGCGUCAGAAACUGCUGAUCGCAGCUCGUGAAGGACAACAGUCCUUCCACCUCUCCUGAUCUCACCCUCACAUUCAAUGCCUUCUAUAGCCGCAGAGAAAAUCAUGGUCCUUUUAGAGGUUUUUUUGUUUUUGUUUUUUUUUUACUUUUUUUAUACUCAACUACAUUCAAGGCAAUGUGUACAGUGUUCUUAGAGAAAGCAGCUUGCAGAAACUAAUAUAUUUUAUAUGAUAUAUAUAUCAUAUAAAAUAAAAUAUGAUGUACACACACAAAUUAAAUGUAUGUGCGCUGCCCCUUUCUGUCACACAAAAAUAAUGGCAUUACACGACCCACAUAAUUUAAGAAAAUAAUAAAGGUAAAUGACAAAACCUUGGGUUUGAAAAAAGGAAGAGGAAUCUGGGUGACAUUUUAGACUUGCAUUGCUGUGUGGUAUUUAAAAAGGGAUGUCUUUCUCCAGAAUGGUGAGUUCAAUGGUGAGUGCAUACAGAGCGGCUUCCAUUGAGCAGGUUAGGUUAACUUUAGCUCCAAAGAUCAUUUGUACAAAUUAUCAGACUCAUUUUCUCAUUCUACCCAUGUGGUAGUUUGUUCUGUGUUUCCAUGCCCAUCACCCUUCAGUUUGUCCGUUUGAAUUAUGUUUUAUAUGAUAAACCACCAGUUAAUGUUUUUGGUUCUUUCCCUUUCUUUGUGUGUUGCUAAAUCUCGUGCAUAAGAUCCAGUUGGUGGAUUGUAGGUGAUACUGGGAAUGAAGGUUUUUAAACCAGAGUUCGUGUUCUGACCUGAAGUUGCUUCGGUGCCGUGCUGGAGGAAGUAUCUAGGGUCUUGGAUGAGUAGACCUUCUGCUUCUGUUAGAGUAGUGUGACUCUGCUGAGGGCUGGGGACUUGCUGAUACCACCAGAGACAUGGAGCGCUUUGACCCCCGUGAUGUAGCUGAGUUCAAAAUUUGGCUGGUCUCAUUUUAUCGUUUCACAGCCAGAUAGCAUUUCAUGUUCAUUUACGGAGUAAAGUUUAUAUGCAGUUUCACACCUGGUUUGAGGUGACAUGGCUGCUUGACUUUUUAAUUUUUCUAUUUCUCCCCUUCCCUUGCUGUAGUUAAUUUUUCUUCCCUUUUUUUUUUCUCCUCCUCUUUGCACUGCUGGCUUGGAACAAACUGUGGUGUGCACCUGCAGUCUUGGGCCAGUGAGUCCUCCUGGCCAACCAUUUAUGUGCUGGUUUCUAAGAUCUGCAAUAAUUUACUGCAUCAGGUUCAUGUUUUUACCUGAACAUAAAUAAAGUAACUGUUUGACUCAUCUUUGUUCAUUUCUAGAAGGUGUUCACUGUGUUUUUCACUGCCACAUAUAUGACCACCCAUGUACGGGAGCUGCACAGAUUUUCUGGGUGAGAGCUGUGCCGAAUCAUACCCGUGCCCUCUCUCCUACCAGUGGAGAAUUGUGUCUGAGCAUCAAACUGAAUUCUGGACCAUUUUAAUGUCUGCUUUGAUUGCAUGUGCCUCUGAAGGUUGGAAUCUGUUCUCCUUUGUAACGGGACAGGAGGGGAGCACAGACACGGACAUCUGUGCUUAUGAUGCACGAGGCAGAGGGCCAGUGUAAUGAA